GGCCCACCCCCUACUUCCCCAACCUACCCGUUAGCUCCUCCUCUACAGUCUUCUUCAUCCUCCACCAUCAUCAUCCCUCUUCUUUAACUCCCACAUUCCAAAACAUUCACGAAUUCACGAGUUCAUUGUGAAUUGCGUUAAACCCAGAUUUAGUUUCCGUAUUAAUUUUUUUCCUUUAAUGUUACCACCACUUCUAUUUUGUUUUUAACUCUACAAUUGUGUAAAUUUUUACUUCUUUUUUUACCCAAGAAUUGCAAGGUCGACUUUCUUGAUUUUGGUCCCCCUUGCAAUUCUGGCCAUCUUGAUUGAUUGUUCUUGUUACAUUUUUCUGGGCAUCGUUUUCUUGAAGAAAUUAUGGCGGCAUUAGCUCCCGGAAUUCUGUUGAAGCUAUUGAAUGGGAUGAAUGCUGGGGUGAAGCCCACUAGUGAGCACAGAAGUUCGCUGUUGCAGGUUACCGAUAUUGUACCAGCAGAUCUUGACGAGAAAGAUCUUUGGCCAAAACAUGGGUUCUUCAUAAAGGUAUCUGAUUCGUCGCAUUCAAUAUACGUUAGUCUUCCGUUUGAGCAAGAUGACCUUGUUCUGAGCAACAAGAUGCAGCUGGGUCAAUUUAUAUACGUCGAUAAACUGGAGCCCGGGUCUCCGGUUCCCGUCGUUAAGGGCGCCAAAUUAGUCCCCGGAAGGCACCCUUUAAUCGGAACUCCGGAACCCUUGAUGGGUUUAAGAAAAAAGGGGGAAAACACCCAAAAGAAUCCUACCCCAAGAAGAGGUUCGUGGGGAACAGGGCCUAAUAGCAGUAGUACAGAAUCUGCACCUUCUGCAUCACCCCUUGUUUUGAAGCCAGUUCCUCUGGAUUUUGAUCAGUGUUUUACCCCAGUCAAAGAGAGGCCAUCAAGCUUAGUUAAAUUUGGGGGAAAUUUUCCAAUGUCGCCUGUGAUUCGUGGGAGCAGGGUGAAGGAUGGAAGUGCCAAUUCUUCUGUUAUGAUGACUAGGUCAUCUGUGGGUGGAGCUCUUUUGCCUAAAAUGAUGGAUCUAAAAGGUGAAAGUCCAUCAGUGGUUCGAAAGAGCUGUUUUACGCCUUCCAUAUCGAAGUUUCCCAGGAGCAAAAGUGUGAGUGACAGAGAUCAGCAGCAGAGGAUGGCACCAAACAGUCCCUUCAACUCAUCUGAAAAGAGAAGUGCCACACCACCACCAAGUUUAAGGAGUGUAAAAGUGGCUGCUGCUUCUCCUACUGUUGUUGGUGGACCUGUGAAGAAAAUUUCCUCACAGCCACAAUCUCAGCCUGAUGAUUCAGCCUCCAGUAGUAAUUCUAGUCCACCAAUGAACUUGCCUGGAAAGCUUAGCAUGCUAGGAAAGGAAGCUGUGCAACAAAGAGAGACGGCACAGAAGAUAGCACUUCAAGCCUUAAGAGAUGCUUCAGCCACUGAAAACCUUGUUCGAUCUUUGAAGAUGUUUGCAAACAUGAACAAGUCAGCUCGGCCAGAUGUUCCAGCAACCUGUUUUGAGAAAUUUCUGGAAUUUCACAACCAAAUUGCUCAAGCAAUAGCUGAGAUGGCUUCUAUUCAAGCAGCUACUGAAACGGCUCAAACUCCAAAUGACAUCAGUGAAAAGGGUCCUAAAGAAAUCUUACAUGAAAUAAUUCACAACUCAGUGGAUGAAUGCAGAAACUCAGACUCAACACCUGCCUCAACUAAAAGGAGGACAGCACUGCACAAGUCUGUUGCUGCAUUUCCAGAAAGAAGUGAUCAGAAAUCAAUACUUGGAAAGCAUUUGAGAUCAUCCACUGUUCACCAAAAACUGUCCCUGGAGAGAAAGGGGUCCUCAGAGAAUGAUGAAAACCAGAAACCAGCUGCAGCAGCUGCUCCUUGCAAGAAUAGUAGCAGCUUAUCGAACACAAUUACAUUGGGAAAGCAGAUUGAGACUGAAGCCGGAAACUGGUUCAUGGAAUUUCUAGAAAAAUCAUUAGAAAAGGGAUUGAAGAAGACAAAGGGGGCAACAAAGGAAACAGAUGCUUCCAAAGUUCCUCAGUCACUUAUCGUAAAAGUAAUCAACUGGGUAGAAAUGGAGCAGUGUGACUCCAGUAAGCGGCCUGUCCAUCCUAAGGCAGCACAAAUAGCUAGGAAGUUGAGGAUCAAAAUGAGAAAUCCUUGAAUUUGUUGGAAGAACUGAAUCUAAAUAUGACUGGCUUUUCUUUUUGUCCAUAGUUUAGCCAAGACAUAGAAGUAUUCAUAUGUUUGUCACUGAUGCUUCUUCUGUAACACUACUCUCCAUACACUUAUUAUUGAGCUUAUUUGUUCUUUCAGCUAGCCACUUUUACCAUGCCUAUUGGGUUCAAAGUUCAAACAUUCAAUGACUGUUUGUGAGCUCCAAGUGGCGCAUAUAAACCCAAUUUUAUUCAUCAGCAAAUAUUGCAGAUUGCAGCAAAAGAAGAAUGUUGUAAACUUCAUCUUGGAUUCAACUGUUGAAUAGAUGGUUGUUGUUAAUCAGUUUUUAUACUAUAC